AUGUCAUCUGAUCGACGCUGCGCAGACGACCGUAUCUCGGUCGCCUCUGGGUUCGUGCUAUACUAUCCACUUCCUCCUGUUGCUGAUCGUCGCAAACACUCCAUAGCGGAUGACGGAGACCUUCCCUGUCGCUGUAUUCCAUAUCUCACUGUCAUUUGCGAUGAACGGGUCCUCUUCAAGAUGUCUGUUGAAUAUGCACUCUUCCUCUGGGAUUUGACACUGUUAUCGGCAAGGUCUGAGAGCGAGAAUCAGCUGCAGCUACCAUUGCAAAUUAAUUACCCUAGGUCAUCAUCGCGCGGUGAGAAUUGUGGUGUUUAA